CUGCGCCCAGCCGCACCAUGGGACCGCUGCCGCGGACUCUUGAGCUCUUCUACGAUGUGCUGUCCCCCUAUUCCUGGCUGGCCUUCGAGGUUCUGUGCAGGUAUAAGAACAUCUGGAACGUCAGCCUGCAGCUGCGCCCAACCUUAAUUGCAGGGAUCAUGAAAGACAGCAGAAACCAGCCGCCAGCUUUGCUUCCCCGCAAAGCCUUAUACGUGAAAAAUGACGUUAGGCUUCUGGGACAGCAUCUCCAGGUUCCCAUCCACUUACCCAAGGAAUUCUUCUUUGUGAUCUUUAAAAAAGGAAGUUUGACAGCCAUGCGCUUCCUCACCGUCUUGAAACUGGAGCACCCGGAGUUGCUGGAGAAAGUGUCCAGGGAACUGUGGAUGUGCAUCUGGUCACGGGACGAAGAUAUCACGGAGCCCCAGAGCAUCCUGGCCGCUGCAGAGAAGGCUGGCAUGUCCACGGGACAAGCCCGGGGACUUCUGGAAAGGGUCUCAACACCACAGGUGAAGAACCAGCUCAAGGAGACCACUGAGGCAGCCUGCAAAUACGGGGCCUUUGGGCUGCCUGUCACUGUGGCCCACCUGGAUGAUGAAACCUACAUGCUGUUUGCUCUGACCAGAUGGAGCUGCUGGCACAUCUUCUGGGAGAGAAGUGGAUGGGCCCUGUGCCUCCAGCUGUAAUUGCCAGACUUUAAAGAAACCCAGAAGCAGCAGAAUUAUUGGUAU